UUACCACCGCUCUUCUUUUCAUAAUAUUCAUAGUCUCAUCUUUCUUCUUUCUAUUUACUAUAUGUGUAAUCUCAUUAGUCAUUCGGUGGUUCGAUACUCCGUGUCGUCGCGCAUUGCGCAAUAGCAAUUUUUUUUUUUUUGUAUAUAUUAUAUUGUAAAUUAUUUUAACAUAGCGUUACCCUUUGGGUCACCUAUACUUUGUAUAGUACAUUUAAUUAACCUAUAAUCAUUUAAUACCGUAUUAGUGUAAUACCUCCAGUAUAAUUGUACAAUCUAUUCUAGCCCAAGGACUAUAUUACUUGAAUUAAUAAACAUACAUUUAGACAACUUGAUUCAAGUUUGAUAUUAUUCGUUCUAAAACGAUAUUUCCAAUUUAAUAUUUUUGUAUUAAUUUCAGCUAACCUAGUGAGGUCAAUUGUUUUGCUAUAAUCACUGCUAUCAAUAUGGGUAUAACCAAGAGGCCUGCUAGCAAUUGCAGUGAUGAAAUACUCCAGGUCGAUGUUGAUGAUCUUGUUGAUGAUACAAUUUAUUCUGAUACCAGUGAUGAAUCAGAUUAUUAUGACCCACAACCCUUCACCAUAGUUGAUUAUUCAGCAUACUACAGAGAACUCUGCCCUGAAUUAAGGAUUUCCUAUACUGAACAUGCUGAACAUAAUGUUGAUACAUCUUCAUCACCAGUCAUUAAACCGGUGUCGGGAGUAUCGCAUAAGAAAAAAAAUAUUUCUCAAAUGGGACGCAAGAAAGCAAAUCGUGCACAAAAUGAAAGUUUUCUUCUAUCUUUGAGUGACGAAAUUGAAGAUGAUAUAUUUUGUAAUGACAACAAAAAUGGAUUCACCAAAGCAAUCAACAGGCUUUCAACUCGGCCUGAUUUAAAAGAAUCAUUUAUUGAAGGAAAUGAUGAACUUGUACUAACAAAACGCAACAAAAAUACUGCUGCUGAAAUAAAAGCUGAAAAAAAGUCAAAACGAAGCACUCGCCCAGAUUUAGCAUUUAAAAAUCUAACUACAUCACAAAAAUCCCUUUUCAAACAGAAAAGUUUACCUUUUGCUGCCAUAGAUCAUCUAGAAACCGAAGUUGUCCGAUAUUUUUCACUUGUACCAAAAGGCAUUUAUACAUCAGCCCCAUUGCCAAGUUACAACAGAAUGCUGCUACACAGUAUCGUCCGUUACUAUUCUUUGGAUGCCAUGAGCAUGAAUAGCCGUGGUCGACGCGCCCAGAAAAUUGUACAAGUACGCAACAGUCGUUUUGACGAUUUCAAACCACCUCGUAUGAGCCUGUUAAAAUACAUAUCAAGUUUUAAUAGCAAUUGCUAAAUAACAAAUGGCCAUCAUCAUUGAAUCCAAUGACUCUUUGCUAACAGACAUUUUUCAUUCAGCUUAAUAUAACAUAAUAAAAUAUUAGUUGAAUUCUGUUUGAUAUUGUUUUUUUUUUUUUUUUUUGCUUAACUUUCACGUUUGUUACGUUUAUUAAGUUUUAAUUUAUAGCUUUAGAUAUAUUUGAUAUUUAGAUUUAUUUUAUCAUGUAUUCAUAUGUUUUACUUAUUUAAUUAUUGACCAAACUUAUAUUAUAAACAUAAUUAAUAUUAAAUAACUCUUAAAAUUUAUCUUAAUAUAUUACAUUAUAUUAUACGCUUAUAUUAUUUUUAAUUUAUUAAUAUAUUUGUAAUGAUAGCUAUUAACAUGGCUUGGAAUUUAAUACAUAUGCACAUUUCUUAGAAUAAAAUAUAUUAUUCAUAAACAGUUCUACUAAAAUUUGUGCAUAUAUAUUUACACAUGUCAUUGCUUUUUAUAAAGUUCCAUGCCCUGUCUAUCAACAAAUAUUAUGUAUUCUAUUUAUUUUUUAAUAUAUUCAUAUAUUUAUUGGAUACAACAUAAUAUUAUAUAAUUAUGUUAAUUAUAUUAUUAUUUACUUUAUAUGAUAAUUAGAACUUUUAAGUUAUUGCUUUAAUAUUUUUUACGUCAAUUUUAGUGAUAUUUAUAAAUUAAUUAUUUGUUUGCAUACUUAAAUGAAAAAAGUAAUAAAAAAAAUUGUAAAUUGUAUAACACAUAACUCUUCUAUUCUAUAUGUAUUUGUAUUAUUGAUGUUUCUACAUUACAAUUCUAUGGUAGUUUAUACCAAAAUUGAUAGAAAACAUUUUCUACACCCGCUCAGUUGAUUAUCUCAUUUUUUAAAUUUUUUGAGUCAUAAUCUCAUUAAAAGACUAACAUUUCAAUCUUGUUGACUACGUCCAAAUGUUGGCUUUUAUAUCAUUAGUUAUGAGUUUAUGACAAUAUGUUGGUUUUGAUUGUAUUAAAUUUUUAUCAAAAUACCAACAAGAAAAGUUUAAUAAUUUAAUUUUCAUAUUUUUUUUACAAUAUUGCAAACAAUUUAAUAAAAUUUUUUUAAGCAAUAACUUUGAAGUUCUGACGAUAGCAGUUUAUUAUUAUGAUGUAGAAUAGUUGAUUUAGUAUAAUUUAUAUCAAUAGCUUAUGAUUUAUAUAUUGGGUUAACUUAGUUUAGUUUAUUUAUUUAUUACAUUUAUUGUAACUUAUAUAUUAAAAAUACUGGUAUGAUGGAUUUAACUAACUUUUGUUGUUAUAAUAUUUAUAAGUUGAUGUUACACAUACAUUAUAGUUGGUAAUCAAAUGGAGUUUUGUUGUGGUAGGGGAGACCUAACAACUUAAAAUACCUAAAUACAAUACUUUCAUUUUAA